UUUUUUUUUAAUGAUCUUCCUCCUAAUGAUCAGAAUACAGAAGCUGGUGUUUACUUUGUACUAAAUCCCUAUACAUAUUCUCCAAUAUAUCAAUCUUCUAAAAUAGUACCUCACAAUUCACCUCCUAUAUCUUCAAUGUCAACAAAUAUUCUAUUUAUAUCAACUUUAACUUCAACAAAUGUUCUACUAAUGAGUUCAUCAUCAUCAGCUAAUAAAAAUAAACAAUCAUCUAUUAAGUUGGAUAACUCAUCUUCUUUUAAUUUUAAAGGCCUACCUGAGGAAACAAUACCUAAUGAUCCUCAAGUUCAACAAGUUCUCUAUCACUUUAACCAUUUAGUUAAAGCUAUGGAAAAAGGAUAA